AUGACAAGAUCUGAUAUAACCUCAAUGGUGAGCAAACCAGCUACAAAACAGCUAAAGGAUUUGAAUAAUUCAAUAAAAUCGUUGUCUCCUGAAAUAUUGACUGAAAAAAUUAAUAAUGAUAUAAAUAAGAUAAACUUCAAUAAUAGAUGGGAAAUAAUUGGUACUCACUUAAUAAGGAAUGUUCCUUCAAAGUCAAGAUUGAAUGAUGAGAAAUUAAAAAUAGCUGCAUUUGAUUUAGAUAGUACAUUAAUUGAAACAAAGUCGGGAACUAAAUUUUCGAGAGGUCCAAAUGAUUGGAAAUGGUGGGGUAAAGAUAAUACAUUAGUGCCUGAAAAGUUAAAGAAACUAUAUGAAGAAGGGUUUAUAAUAGCAAUAUUUACAAAUCAAGGUGCUGUAAUUGCAAAUAAUGAUAGUAAAUCUUACAAUAAUUUAAAAAAUAAAAUAGAUUUAAUUCAAAAUAAUUUACUUCAAAAUUACAAAAUUGAUGAAAUUUACGUGUUUGCAUCACCUAAAAAGCCAGUGAAAGGUGUAACUUCAACUACAGAACAACAUAAUAAUACAAGAAAACCUCAAAUAGGGAUGUGGGAGUCUUUAGAAAAUGAGUUAUCAAAAAACAAUCAAACCAUUGAUUAUUCAAAAAGUUUUUAUGUCGGUGAUGCGGCUGGAAGGAAACUGGAUCAUCUGGAUAGUGAUUUAAAAUUUGCAGAAAAUGCAAAGUUAAAGUUCAUGACUCCAGAAGAAUUGUUUUAUGAUCUGAAACAGAGUGACCAAGAUGAAGUAGAAUAG